CCAUUUCUUUUAAGUCCGACUUCAGGCCGCUCGUUGAUCAGGCGAUCGUUUGUUUCUCUCUCUCUCUCUCUCUCUCUCUCUCUCUCAAUGUGGCAGGCGUCCUCUUCUUUCGUUGUCAAAACCAUUCCAUUGUCGCCGGCGGCGAGGCCGUGCUCUUUUCCGGGGCCGAGUGCCCGGAGAAACGCCAAUUCAAUGGCCUCUAUCUCCACCGAGGACAUUGCGGCACCACCUUCUCCAACCCCACUUAAAAAACGGAAGGGUCAUACCAUCUCCACUCGGCAAUACCACUCCCUGGUUUCUUCGCCCUCCACGCCCAUUGGCGCCCUCAAAGAUUUGAGCUUGCGACCUUCUCCUGAGCUGGGCCUUCUCUCUCUCUUGUUCGUGCUCUCCUUGGCGAUCGGUUCGGUUCUCUCUUUGGCAAUCGUGUCUAUCCCAGCUGUGAGUGCAUUUAGGAGAUUGGCAACCUCAAUGAAUGACUUGUCCAAAGUGGUGUCCCAGGAGGUGCCCGGGACUUUGUCUUCCCUCAAGCUCUCAGGCCUUGAGAUCAGUGAAUUGACCCAGCAGCUCAGCAAUCUCAGGCAAAAGAUCUCUGGCAGUAAUGGGAAGAGAGAGAGGGGCAGUAAGUCUAGUACUUCCCGGAGGAGGAACUACCCUUUUGUGGACUGAUAGAUUCAAGUUGGAUAUUCGAUUCAUGCUUUGUGUUUGUAAGUAUCUAGCAAUGUGAGUUUGAUGUUUGUGUAAAUGGCCUCAAAAGUCAUGCAUCCCCUUAGCUUAGAGAGGCUGCAAUUGCAACGAACUUGGCUUUCUUCUGUGUAAAGUCCUCUUUGUUGAAAGAUUGUAACUCCUAGCAAAUAGUUAAUUAAGUGUUCAUAUAUGAUCCGAGCUUUGGUGAACACCGCAGUCGGAAGUGGAUCUUUUCAUAGAGGUUAUCUUCGUAUCGGGGAAUUUCUUCCCUCAAUCCACAAAAAGAAGCUUGUCGGAAUGAUCCUUAAUUCUGCGAUUCCUAGUGAUUUGAGAACCUU